ACCAAGCAGCAUGCUCUUGGAUUUCUCAUUACCAACUCGUUUCUUGAGCCAGGCGCAUUUCAACCCAGCGAAAAAAUUUAAUAAAUAAAUAAAAAUAUAGUAAAAUUCAAAUACAGUUGCGACACAAGUAGCGCCCAAAUUGGGUGCGCGCAGUUAUCAUUUUUAAGGUACCGUCACCACGAGUUCCAAACUGAAGAUGCCACCGAGAGGAGGAGGAGGAGGAAAUAAGGGUCGCGUUCCUUCUUCAUCUUUGGAGAAAGUCUGCUACCUGUUGCUCACCUCGUUCAGCGUGGUUCUUCUCGCAAGUCCUGUGAGAGAUCCGGCCACAUGCGGACCUUCUCUCUGCAACGCGGAGAGCUCUGAGCCCCUGAAUAAGUUCCAGUACCGCGAAGGCAGCGUGUACUCCUACGCGUACACGGUAAACGGGACGACAUCGGUGCUGGGGGGUCCCCCGACCCAAUCUGGUCUCCACCUGACUGCCACUGUCAGUCUCCGAUUCCUCACAGCGUGCGACGCUCUCUUGUUUAUGAGCAACGUGUCCCUGCACCAGUCUCACUUGGAGAAGGAGGACGCCGAACCGAGUUUCAGCCUGCCCCCGAACAGAUUCCCAGUCAUUAAGGCGUUAGAAGAGCAUCCUCUCAGAUUUUCCUUCGCGGAUGGAGCUAUUGAGGAGAUAUGUCCCCACUUGGAGGAAUCCAGCUGGGCCUUGAACAUCAAACGGGGAUUCCUCUCCGCCUAUCAGAAUACAAUGAGAAGAUUAGACUUGGAACACAAUGGGCAAGAGGGCGACGUCCAUGGGUCCUGCAAGGUCGAGUACAACUUGGGCACAGCCACCUCCAGUGCACUCACCAUCCAUAAAACCAAGGAUCUCAGCUCUUGUGGGGACAAGUUUGGAAUACUUUCCUCCGUCCAAGGCACACCUUACACGUUUGGAACGUUGCAUCAAUCCAUGCCAGCCGUCGAGUCGACCAGCUCCUGCCAACACGUUGUAGACCGAAACCUACUUUCCGGAGUGUACUGCACGGAAUCUCAUCGGUUGCGGUCUCUCGCCCGUGGGGCUGCUGGUGCUUAUAUGAGCAUUCGACAAAACCUUGUCCUCACCAGCGUCUACUCUCCACCCGGGGCGGACAAUGCCACAGACUCGGUCGGUGGCACUGAUCGCAGUGGAAGCAGUUUCGACUCUUCCUUUGACGAAGAUGAGAAUGACGAUGCUGAUGAAGAGGAGAAAGAGGAGAAAAAUGUUUCUGGUCGUGGUGGCGAUGAUGAGGGGAACGCGCCUUGGAUUAUCAGACAAGAGCCUGACGACUAUACGGCCACCCUGCUCAAUGUCAACAGCAGGAAAAUAUCGAGACGGGAAAGCCUCCUCUUUCGCCACGAUUAUAAUUUGGGUCAGAGUCGGACCGAUUACGACACGGCGAGAAAUGCGCUGCUCAAAUUCUGUUCCUCGAUUAAGGGAGAGGUCGACGGGAAGGCUGGCGAACUGUUUGAAAUCUUGAUUUACAUCCUGCGCGGCCUUUCAUCGCACGACAUGAUGAGCUUGUCCAAAGAUGCAGCGCAAAUUUGUCAGGGUGACAGAGAGCCGUUGGACGAUGCAUUAGAGGUGGUGGGAACGGCCGUGUCCCUGGCGAUAUUAAGGGAGCGGAUUUUGAAGGGCGACGCCAGUCCGGAGAGGACACAAACCUGGAUCCAAUCUCUGAGUUUUAUACCCAAGCCGGACUUGUCCCUCUUGACAGAGGCAGUGUCCAUCCUGCGAGCACGGGACAAGUAUCCCCACAUUUUACUCUCCUACUCCAACCUGGCCCACUCCUACUGUCAGGCGGUGGGACACCAGACCUGCUCCCAGGCCCAGCCCGUCAUCAUUCUCUCAAAGUUGUAUGAAAAGUAUUUCGAAGCGACGGGAUGUUCUACAAAGAAGAGGAAGGAAUUGGACCAGGCUCUCGUCUAUCUCAAGGGACUCGGAAACUUUGGGAUGUAUUCCACCGGAACGGUUGGCGUAGUGAUGACCUGCCUCUCAAAAAGUGACAAGAACGAAGUUCGCGUGGCAGCAAUUGAGGCGCUGAGGCGAAUGCCUUGUGAAAACGGAGCCAUGAUCCCGGCACUAAAAGCCAUCUUCCAAAACCAAUUGGAGGACUCGGAAGUGCGAAUUUCAGCGUUUUUAGGCAUCAUGCGAUGUCCAUCGUAUCCAGUCGUGGUGUGGAUUAAGGAAAAGUUGGAAAAGGAACAAGUCAAUCAAGUGGGUUCAUUUGUCUGGACAUAUCUCACCAACUUGCAAGAAACAGCACUCCCAAGUCGAGCCGAGUUGGCAAGUCUACUCGCUGACGAAACCUUCAACACAAAGUUUUCCUCUGAUAUACGAAAAUUCUCGAGAAAUUUUGAGCUGUCAACUUUCUACGAGGAUGCAAAUUUUGGUGUUGCUGUGGAUGGGAACGUCGUCUUCUCGCAGGAUUCCUAUCUCCCAAGAUCAACUUCCGCUAAUUUAACUGUGGACCUUUUUGGCGAGUCUAUCAACGUUUUUGAGGCCACGCUACGGAUGGAGAGUUUUGAGCAUUAUGUGGAAUCGAUACUUCGGCCAAAGUCUUCCCCGCGAAGUGGUUCUGGUCCAGCCAGAAGCAGCAGCUCAUCCACUUCUACUCCUGGCAGCGGCAGCGGCAGCAAACGUCGCGAAAAGCGUGCCAUCCUCAGCAAAAGGAAGAUGCGAAAUUUAACGGCGGACUAUGAUUACACGAAGCGAUACCAUGGAGAGCCCAUCGCCUCCGUGUCCCUUCGCACCUUCGGGAAGGAAAUCUUCUUCAGGCGUUGGGUGGGUCUGGGGGAGCAAAUCGGAGCCCUGUCCUCUCUCAACCCGGCUGCUUGGAUGAGGAAUCAUGGCGGAGGUGGUGGGGAGGAUACAAAUUGGCAAAAGUCGAGGCUACUGCUCGAGUCGUCAUACAUCAUUCCAACGGGGUCGGGCUUUGCACUGAAUCUAAGCGCACAGGCCUCUACCAUUAUUCGACUCGAGUCUCAAAGUCUGAUCGAUUCAUCCGGCUCUGGUUUUGCUGCUGGAGGAACAUUCCACGUCAAAGGGAAAUUUAUUCCGAGUGCCCUCCUUGCGGUGGCUGGAAGUAUGACCCUGAGUGCCUUCGAGGUUCAUACGGGACUCAAGAUCCGGGCGUAUCUCCGCUCCUCGUUGGCCCUCGAGGGUGGUGUGGCCAUGGAUGGGGUGCGGCUGCUGGAUGUGGAGUUUGGUCUGCCAAAAAGUCGACUCGAACUCUUGGAGUACAAAUCAGAGUUGAUGUUUAUGAAAGGGGACGAGUUUAAGGGGCCUAAGACGUCUGAGGGUCUAGCAUCACCCCAAAUCUGUUCUGCAGGAGACUACACGGGAGGUCUUCGUCUGUGUUCCUCCUCCCACUUCAGCCUCCACCCGGAGGGGAUGGGUUCGCAGGGAGAUGUCUCAUUCGCCCCAUAUUUCCCCCUCAACGGCCCCUCACACUUCACCCUAAGUCUGGACAAGGCUAAUCCCGCCUUGCUUAAGACACGAUUUCACUACGGAUGGAAUAACAAUCAGACCACCACAGAGCUCACCUUGGAGACGACCAGCCUCACCAGGUCGACCGGCGGUGGUGGUGGUGGCGGUGGGGACUCCACCCUCGAAACCAAGCUUGGUCUGAGCUUCACCUUGGAUAAGAAAAUCUCCAGCUUCGACACGGAAAUCCUCCUUCCGAGCAAUACACGUUUCAAAGCGUUUGGUCGGUUGGGGGGACCGGAUUGGACAAGCGGAUCAAAUCUCAACAUCACUCUGGGUCAGGGGCAGUUGACCAUGUUCUCCACUUCGGCUUCGCUCAAGAGGGAAAGUCAGAGUGGCAGAGAAAGUGGCGGUUCUCUCGCCGACGUUUUGAAACCCUCGCUCCUCAUCACUCGCAAGAACCAAGUCCUGCUAAGAGCUGACGGUGAGGUGAAUAUUAAUCAGCCCUCCUCCUCCACGACAACGUUUUUCCAAGGAAGCGGUGAUAUCACGUUUGGUGGUGGACGGGACGUGAACAUCCGCCUCGAUGGGAGCCAUAAUGUUUCCACCGACGUCCUGAACUGGGUGGCUGUUGGUGGUGGAGAAACAAUUCAAUUCCGUUCAACCCUGGGUCGUCAUUUUUCAACAAAGGAGACCAGUUUAGGGAGAGGAAUUGAGUCUCAGUUCAGCCUCCAAUUCUCCAAGGCCCCCCACCGCAAUCUGGCAGCAUCUUGGAAAUAUCAGGUGGGCGAGGAAGGCCUGCUCGGAAAGUCGCUCGCCUCCGCAAUUAGUCUAAGUUACGCUGGAGGGAAGAGGAUCGAGACUUCGCUGGUGAUGAAAAGAGCACCUGGCGUUCUGACAUUUCUGGAGUUGGGAUGGAACGCUACCAUUCCCGACCGGGAGCCACUGCAAGUGUCAUUUCACUUUCGGGAGAAAGCCAAAGCCAGUGUCUAUCAGGCACUAUUACGGACUGAUUGGCACAGCGACAAGUUACUCCUCGACGUCGAGUAUAGCGACAGGAGUCGACGAACCCGGUUGGACUUGGCGUUCUCGGCCGGAAUCACGACCAAGGCGCUGGACAACUUGAAAUGCGGAUUCCACGUUCUCAGCGAGGAGAUGGAAACCAAGGUUCAGCUCAGUUCAGAUUACCAGAAUGAGCACUAUGCUGUGGAGGUGGGACACAACCGAGUUGACAGGACUGGGAAAAAACACAAAGUUUUGGCAAGUUUGUCCAUCCGAGAUGCCGUUUACGUGGCGAUGGGUUAUCUCAACUUGGAACACGGUCUCCAUGCCACGUUCAAAACCGUUCUCGGCCCGAAAUUCAACGAUAUUUACGCUCAAAUUAGUGCCACAUCCCAAGGUGGUGGUGUCGGCGGAAUGCAGCUCGUCGGCCUCGAGUACCGCUGGGGGAGCAGCAGCAGCAGCGAUGGUGGCCAAACGCCGAAAAUAUUGCUCAUUCAAUUCAGCGCGGAUAGCAGCAGGAAGAACGUGCGACGGCUGGUUGGCAACUUGACCUUUCCAAACUACGAGGUCGGCACGACCACGGAACUCUUUAUGGAUCCAGAGCGGAGAAGUGCGAAGGUGGUGGGGCUGCUGGGUUGGAGGAUAGAUGACGGCGAGGUGGGCCAUUUGCAUCUUAAUGGGAGGCUGGGACCACGACAAGAAGAGAAUGAUGAGUCCUUUGAUGCCUCUCUUCAACUUGCCACACCGUUCCCCAGCCUCAAAAACGUCUCCCUGCACAUGGAAUUGGAUUUUUUGGAGGACGGAGCCGUCUGUCAGAUAAAGUUUGACAGCUCGUGGAGAGAUGAGCAAGAGAGGUUGGGAGGCAGUUUGCGAUCCAGACUGCAAGAGAUACAAAGAGAGGAACAAGGAGGGGGUAAGAUGAGUGACGACGAUGACGACGACGACGAUGGCGAAAACGAAAAUAUGGACGAUGAAAAUGAAAUUUACAACAACCACGAGUACCACCACCAGCAUCGGAACAAUAAUAAUGGUCCAAAUCCAUUCAAAUUCAGCUGUGAGGGGAACUUCUUCUUCAAUUCGUCCACAAUCAGCACUCCACAACUUGUCAAGCUCAAAUUCAAUCAUGUAUUCCUCAGCUAUUUCAAUACGAAAACAGACCUCGAUAUUCAGCUGCCUAAUGAAAAGGAAAUUAGUGUGAGCAGUCAGUGGGUAUUGCCUCGAGGGUGGAGAGAACUGUUGUCCACAAGGGCCGAACUGCACAUCAAAACCCCAUUUAUUGGCUAUCAAAAUGUCGACUUGCAGGGGAUUUUGGGGCGAAAGGAGGAUCGCGAUGUCCUCGCGUUGAUUGGAAUUUACGUGGAGAGCUUUCAAUAUGCCAUCUCAAUUACGGGGACGCCUCGCUUCGAACAAGACGGUGCAUUAGGCUUUGACCUCUCCACGUCCAAUCCAAAGUAUGACAAAAUAUUCGGAAGUCUCAGCUACGUGUUUGGAGACACGACGAGGGUGGCGUGUCAGGUCGGGUGGCCUCCCCAAGUCGUCGUGGGGCUCGAGGCUGGAUGGGAAUGGGUGGACUGGGGCGACUUCAAAAUCUACCAUACCCUCAACACCCCCUGGAUUCCGGUCAAACAUGUCGAUGUGCUCCUUAAAGUGGAUGACACGCAGUCCAUAGAACUCAAGCUGGAGGCUAAUGAGGACAGCAUCAAGGCCAAAUGUGAGUGGAUUGCGCUCUCUUGGAUCAAUUUUGACAUUCGGCUGGAUGGGACGAGCCCCUUCGAGGUGGCCAACAAGUACGGUUUCAUCCUCAAGAACUCGUGGGAAGACGAAUUGAUCUACGAUAGCCAGGCAGUCGCAUGGAUCAACGAGCAGCAGGUUGGGGUCAAGCUGGACGGAGGUCAGUCCGAAGUGGAGGAGGAGGACGGGGUGGCGAUCGUGCUGAAUUCGCAAUUGGAAGUGGACAUGUUGGAAUUCUACCCCCAAAUUCGAGGCCUCUUCACCUUGGCGCAGCGAGAGUCUCGAUUUAAUUUGGCCUCGUCCCUCACCCUUCGCGAGGGUCCCAUCAACUGUGAAGCCAGUCUGGAUCUGCUCGACAUGUUCCGUUUCAACGAGAAUAUCACUAUCACGACCCCUUUUUCUGGCCUGCUCCAGCUGGAAAUCGGUCUCAACCCAGCCAUUCUCGUGGACAAGGGGGUUUACAACUUUGCACUCGACGCAAAGUGGCGGUCAUACUCGGACUGGCACACGGCCGGCCUCUGGAUCCGUUGGGGUGGACAGGACGCGCUGAGUGAAGUGCUCACCCAGGAGGCUCGCGACAUUGCUUUCCUCACCGGCACAGAGGACCAAGACUACGAGGCCGCCGUGGAGAAAGUCACCGUUCCAAUGAGCCAACUCGUACAUUUUUACUCUCCACUGGCCUGGGCGAAACUGGUCAAGCUCGAGUACGAGGGGGCAGAAGGAGACGAAAAGCUAAAUGGUGGUGACGACGACGAGAACGAUGAUGCUAAUCAAUUUGCACCCGGCGAAGAAAGUUUAUCCCUCCGGAAGUUUGAAAUCGCCUACUCCGCCGACGUUGCCGAUAUCAAGGCAGAAAUCAACAACGCGGCAACGAGGAAGAGGAUCCUGGGCGUGGUGGAUGUCCGAGUGACGAGCGACGAGUACCAUCCGUCCUUCAAAGUGGACGGCCUACUUGACCUGUCGGAAGCAGAGAGAACCUUCAGCCUGAGCUUGGGCUCAUACUCACCCACCGUCGCAGAGUAUUCCCUGAGCAGCAGUUGGUCCUCUGACCUGCCCCACUUUCUCCAAGGGAAGGUCGAAGCCCGCACCCCGCUGGAGAGGUGGGAGGAACAGACGGGCUCCGUCAUGUAUGCUCACAACAAGGAGGAGAGCAGCUACUCGGUGGACGUUGAGUUAUCAUCGAUAACGUUUGAUAAGUUCGCGACGAAUGUGAUGGUGGGGCCGAAGACGUUCAGCAUGACGUUGAGCACACCGAUUGAGUCGCUAACAGAGUUGGAGUUGCGAGGGGACGUCUCUGCCCGAGAAGGGGAGCCAGGUGUCAACACGCUCAUCGUGGCGAAAUGUGGCGAGAAGGAGAUUGAAUUUGACGUCGACUCCGAACUUUCGGAGGAGGGGUGGCCGACACAGCUCACGGGAACAGUGUCCACAACUUUCGGACCUGAAACUUAUCGCCACGGGACUUUUACCGGAGAUGUGGCCAAAUGGGACGGAGGCGUCAACGCGAGUGGGCUUCUGCGAUGGGAGAAUGUCGAUGACGAAAUGAGAAGCAGUCUUUACUUCCAUUUCCCCCAGAAUCGGUUUAAGAAUAUGAAAUUAACCGUGGACAGUCCAUUCCCGAGGCAAGGACAAGGACAGUGGGAAUUAGUUUCCAACCGACUUUCCCUCCAGGCUUCGUCCGGACUCCAGUUUAAUCUGAGGACACCACUCGCCUACCUUCCCACCUUGACUGGUCAAGCCCUUCUCGACUACGACGGAGUGUCCCCGUUAGAGCUAAAGAAACUGGCCUUGCAAGCAGAGGCCCCUGGUGGUGGCAGUGGUGGAGGGGUCAUUGGUGUAAACUCCACUUGGACACUGUCCUCCUGGAACGGGUGCAAUUUCGGUCUCGACUUUAAAUACGCGAUCCCAACGCUCGCCAACUACACCAGUUUUCCCCCCGAGAACGGGAUGAAGCUCAAGUUUCGAAACAUUAUCCCCACAAUGGAUCACUUUACCCGGGUGGAUACCCGAUUCCUGGUUGAAAACUCGAUCCCCUUGCUUAGACUUGGUGCCGGAAUAUCCUCCGAGUACGUCGACGGAGAAUCUCUCAUGCUCAAAGCGACAUCCAAAUAUGGGAAAACCUUCGCCAAUCUCGAUCUCACUUCCAAUUUCGACCCCGACUUUGAACAGAUCAACGUUACCAUGAGUUCAAACGCCACGGGCUUUCACUCGCAUGGCAAUUUGCAGAUGAGAGGACGCCGUGAAGGGAGUGCGAGUUUGGGUUGGGGCGACGGUGGCCGAACUGUCUCAUCAUCACUCCUCCAUUCCACAUUUAAUUGCUCGUGGCCCAGUGACAGUGGUGGUGAAAGCAGACCUGCCACUACCGUCCACCUUCGUCUAUUCGACUACUCUGUUGCGGCAAACAACACCAUCACCACCCCACUAAUUUCUAUUGAUGGUUCUUUUAAUCGAAUUUCGGCUCAACAUUCUGCUCGAGUGCAGGUCGGACAGGACGAAGGAGAAGAAGGGAGAAAGCCGACCCGUCUCGAUGUGAACUUGAUGUUGGAAAGUUUGCAACAUUUCUCCUCCGAUGUGAACGUGUCAUCCAAUUUCUACCUGUUCAACGACACAGGGCUCAAAGUUUACAGCCGCCAAAAUGGAUCCGUCUUUGACGGCUACCUGGUCGGUCAUUGGGAUGAAGACCGAGCUUUUCUAAAGUACUUUUGGGACCAGGAACGAACAGAUGACGUCUUCAAGUUUAAUAUCAGCCUGGACACAGAGCUCCCCUUGUCCACCGAGUCUGUGCCAAAGCCACAAAGCGCAUCCAUCAAAUACUGCUAUCAUACCCAAUCUUCCACCCGGAGGACGGCAUCGAGCUUCAACGGGGUUUACAACGGGGUCCAGCUGGUGGACUCGACCUAUUCUUCCAACACGACCAAUGUGACAGGGUUGGAGAAAAAUGAGCUCUUUUUUUCUUUGAACAACCACUUUUGGCCUUUUGGUCUCAUCAGUCUGAAUCAGCUCGAGACCAACAAUGCUGACACAAAGAGGGUGAGACGACUCGAAGUGUACGACUUGCACCAGCCUCAUCUGCACAAGUUGGAAGGUGAACUGCAAAUUAAGACAAAUUUGACGGGGAGUGAGAUGACAUUAACGGGAAGGCAUCCUAAUCGAACUUUGGAGUUAAUAGGAGACUACUCCACCACCAGUCUGGCUGGAUUUCGCCAAACUACCCGACUUUCCUGGGGACCUGGAACAUCUUGGAUCGGCUAUGACUUGGAACUCUUCAAUAAGACGAAUCGUGCCGAGGUGCGAGAGCAAGGCGUCGGGUUACGACUGACCUAUCCCCUCAGAGUGAUAACUUUCCGUUCUGCGAUCGAGUCCUCGCUUAAUAAUAAUAAUAAAUGGAGCACCGAACUGAAUUUUAACGCGGGACAGAGUCCAGACAGAAACCUGGUGGGUUUGGUCAGCUGGGGGAUAGCGGGAUGAGAGGACCAACGACGCGGUGGUUGGGACUGGAGCUGCAACACCCCGCUCUGCCAAAGGGGCUGCGUGUGGAUGGCCAACUCGCGACGGAGGAAACUGGGUGGGAGUGGGUUUUGGGGAAAGUUGUCCUCGAUCACACGGGCGAGCUCAAGAACGGGGUCAGCCUCGAGGUGGUAGCUCGACCUCAACAAUUACUC